UGCGGAGAACGAGCGGCUGCAGGCCCAGAUGGCGCCGCUGCAGACCGAGGUGGCGGAACUGCGGACGGAGAACUCACAGCUGCGGUCGCGCAUGGCGGCGCUGGAGGCGGGCGAGGCGGGCGAGGGCGGCGAGGAGGGAGGGCGGCGGGUGCGGCAGCGCGUUGGCGCCGCGCCGCACGACGCGCCGCCGAGCGAUGCGGCGGUGCAGGCGAUGGACGUUGCGGCGGCGGUGGCGACGCUGCGCGUGCACGUGUCGGUCAGCCGCGUCGCUGCUGCGGCGUGCAAGCGCUUGGCGAAUCUGUGCAUGGAGGAUCAGAACGAGCAACUGGCGGCGGAGGCGGGCGCGAUCGAGGCGAUUGUGGCAGCGAUGCAGGCCCACCCGCAGGAGGCGGAAGUGCAGGAGGAAGGCUGCGGGGCGCUGCGCAACGUGUGCUGCGGCACCGACGCCGCAAGGCUCGCACGCAAGCAGCGCGCAGCAGCCGCGGGCGCGAUCCAGGCGGUUGUGGCGGCGUUGCAGGCUCACCCGCAGGUGGCGGGGGUGCAGGAGGACGGCUGCGGGGCACUUGCCAACGUGUGCUCCGGCGACGACGACGCAGGGCGCGCACGCAGGCAGCGCGCAGCAGACGCGGGCGCGAUCGAGGCGGUGGUGGCGGCGCUGCAGGCUCACCCGCAGGUAGCGAUCGUGCAACAGCAAGGCUGUGCGGCGCUGGUCAACGUGUGCUCCGGCACCGACGCCACGGGGCUCGCACGCAUACAGCGCGCAGCAGAGGCGGGCGCGAUCGAGGUGGUAGUGGCGGCGCUGCAGGCUCACCCGCAGGAGGCGGAGGUGCAGGCAGAAGGCUGCAGGGUGCUGCGCAACGUGUGCUGCGGCACCGACGCCGCAGGGCGCGCACGCAGGCAGCGCGCAGCAGACGCGGGCGCGAUCGAGGCGGUGGUGGCGGCGAUGCAGGCUCACCCGCAGGUGGCGGGGGUUGAACAGCAAGGCUGUGUGGCGCUGGUCAACGUGUGCUCCGGCAUGGACGGCGCAGGGCUCGCACGCAAGCAGCGCGCAGCAGUUGCGGGUGCGAUCGAGGCGGCAGUGGCGGCGAUGCAGGCUCACCGGCAGGUGGCGGGGGUGCAGGAAAUGGGUUGCCGGGCGCUGACCAACGUGUGCUGCGGCACCGACGCCGCGGCGCGGGCGCGGAGGCAGCGUGCUGUGACUGCACACGCGCCCGAGGCGGCGACAGCGGCGUUGCAGGCGCACCCAGAGAACGCAGCUGUCCAGGAGCAAGGACAGCGGCUGCGCGAUUUGCUUGUCUGAUGCAUCUCGAAGGGCCCUGAAAGGCGGUGGUUUGGCCGUCGCGGCGUCGCCGCGUACGUUUGACGGCCCUGGAAUCGGCCUGGCGAUCGGAGGGGCUGCUGCCGGGUAAGGCGGUGAGCAUGGUGCGGCCGCGCCCUGUGAGGGCUUUGGAAAAAUGAGAGUGCUUUC